AUGUCACGACUGCAAGGUUUUAUCAACGGGCGCAUAUUCACAUCGGUGGACGAGGACGACACCUUGCACGAUGCUAUGGUUAUCAAAGGGGAUACGAUCGAGUACGUAGGCUCAAGAGAAGGACCGGACAAUGCAAAUCUCCAGGCAUGUCUUCGGAACGCAAUCGAUCUCCAAGGCAAAGUCGUGUUGCCGGGUAUCAUCGACGCGCAUACCCAUCUUACCAUGAUGGGCGCUUCGAUGCUCAAGCUCGACAUGAUUAACCUAUCAGCAGCUCAAAUUCAGUCGAGACUCCAAACAGCCUUGGCCCGAGACCCACGCGCUACUAUCUUACUUGGAAAAUCGUUCCUCUUCGAUGCACUAGGUCGUCGGCCGCACCGCUUGAUACUGGACGAAGUGGUUGGCGAAGACUUGCCGGUCUUCAUUGAUUCCGCCGACCUGCAUUCCGCCUGGCUCAGCACGGGCGCGCUAAAAGCCAUCGGCGUGGACGACUUGACACCCGAUCCACCGGGAGGCAGUUUUGAGAGAGAUGAAAAAGACAGGCUUACUGGCUUGUGUCUAGAGACAGCCGUGACUGAAUUCGUUUGGCCAUAUAUCGCUUCUCUCGCACACCUAGAGGACAGGAUUCGCUAUUUGCGCAAUGCUUUCGACCAAUACCUCGCUGUGGGUGUUACCGGCGUGGUCGACAUGGCAAUGUCCGAGGCGGAUCUCGCUGCUCUGGAAGAGCUGCACGCCAGAGAAGGUCGGUUACCUUUGAGGGUCUCGGCUCACUGGCUUGUCAACAAUAUCGGGACCGACGAGUCAAGAGCACAGUCUGUUCGACUGGCAGCACAUCACCGAGAUCGGCUGAGAAAGCUCGACCCUUGGCUCCAGGUGGUCGGUAUCAAGAUCAUCUCUGACGGUGUGGUCGAUUCGUGCACGGCAUAUCUUACUAAAUCUUACGCGAACGGGUCGAUGGCCCAUCCAAUUUGGCCGAUGGACGCUCUUGAGCCGGUGGUCUGUCUGGCUGAUUCGCUUGAUCUCCAGAUUGCGGUUCACGCCAUCGGGGACGCUGCGUCAUCUCAAGCGCUAGACGCGUUCGAGACCGCAAUUCGGGUCAAUGGCUCUCGUCCAGCCCGACGACAUAGGCUUGAACACCUCGAGGUAGUCUCCCCAGAAAGCAUCUCUCGAUUGGCACGGCUCGGCAUCGUCGCAUCUUUACAACCGGUUCACGCCGAUCCCGUCUACGUGCCCAAUUGGCGACUCAUGCUUGGUGAAGACGAGCGGUGUGAUAGAGCCUUCCCGUGGACCGAGUAUGGCGAUGCUCAAGCUCACGUCGCCUUCGGUUCUGAUGCCCCAACAGCUCCUCAUCACUGCUUCCCCAACCUGUACACGGCGACGACCAGACAGUCUGGUGUCAAUCCAAAGCUCCCUCCCUCGCAGAAUCCGCGCAUCGAGAAGCUGGACCGGUUUUGUGUGUCUCUGGAGACCGGGAUACGGUAUUACACCGCUGGCGCUGCGUUUUCUUCUAGGUGCGAGCAAGGAUAUGGGCGCCUCAAGCGGGGAAUGAAAGCCGAUUUCUGCAUUCUGUCGAUUGACCCGUUUCUCGAGGGCGUGCAGACAUUGCGAGAGGCGCAAGAGGGGGUGAAGCAGACCUGGAUCGCUGGUGUCAAGGUGUUCGAUCGUGGAUCACCUAAAUGA